AACACACGUGAUGAAAUUGUCAUUUGCACUUUUUAUGAUACUAAUCCUAUCCCAGCUGGAAGCCCUUCAGGUGCAAUCCGAUCAGUACCGGCACCAGUGUGGACAGCGUCCGAUCCAAUCGGUAGGAGUGAUCACGGCAGGCCGUGCCACAUACCCGGGAGAAUUUCCCUGGCACGCUGCCAUUUACCGUGUCCAACUGCUGGGCAGCUCGUAUGUUUGCGGUGGAUUCUUGAUCAGUGAUCGAAUAGUUGCUACAGCCGCCCAUUGUGUUACCGAUCAAGAAAAUGGUUUUCUGAUUACCGCCGGUGGUGUUUCCGUGAGGCUCGGAAUGUUCGAACUACUUACGGUUAGCCGGAACACUCAGGAGCAUCGGGUGGGGAAGAUUUAUCGUCACGAAAACUACACCGCCAGCUCUUAUCGACACGAUAUCGCGCUGCUAGUAUUGCAAACCGUGGUCGAGUUUAACGCUUACGUUCAGCCGAUUUGUCUCUGGGAUGUUCAACGGUUUGGUGGAGGUUUCGAGCUGACAGGGGUCGUUUCAGGGUGGGGCUUGACUGAGUACGAUGUGUUGGCAAAUGUUUUGAAGUCGGCAAAGCUUCCCAUGGUGAGCUUCCUGGAAUGCCUACAAAGCGACAGGGAUUUGUUUUCGCAAAUUCUAUACGAAGGAAUGUUUUGUGCUGGUCUUCGAAAUGGAACCAGUGUCUGUAACGGGGAUAGCGGUGGAGCAUUCGCAAUCAAUGUGAAUGGAACUUGGAUAGCCCGCGGAAUUAUUUCCUUUACUGGUCUGAGAGAACAUACAGCAUCAUUGUGCAAUGCUCAUAGUUAUGCUGGCUUCGUGAACGUGGCAAGUUAUUUGCAGUGGAUAGAGAAAAUCACCAACCAAGACGGAUUUGUGAUUGCCGAGACUUUUGGAGCAAAUAAUUCGUCCGUUGAGCCAAUAACAAUCAGUUCCACCGUGGCUACUUUUAAUUCGUCUGAAAGAAUCAGUGAUAAAAAGUGUGCAGAAUAUGAAAACAGCAACCGGAACAACCGUUUACAGGAUCUGUCCUAUCUGACGUAUGUUGCAAAGGAUACUCCAUUCAGCCGUGUGAUUGAUUGUUUUGCUAUAGUGAUAAGCGAACGUUACCUAAUUUCCACGGCAGACUGUCGUUCACUAGAAACCUUCGAAAAAAGUGCAGCGAGCGCACAGUUCGUUGUUGUCGAAACGGAAGAUUAUACGCUACGGCACGAGAUAAAAAGCUUCCAUCAGUAUCCAGCAUUUGCCCGGACUCCAUCAGAGGAAAACAACCUCGCACUAAUUGAGCUCGAACGGAACAUAUCGAUUCCGACCGGUCAGUUUGUUUGCCUCUGGAGCGGCAAUGAACCGGACAUGGGGAAAAUAUUUCUAUACUCCGCUGCGAAGUAUCUUUCCAGACGGUUGCGAAUCGACCCAACAACGGACAAAUCGUCUAAAUGCUUCAAUCAACUGAUAGCCCCAUCACUAAUGAUUCAGAAUUCAGACGGCGAAUCAUACCGCUUGGUGGGAGUAGUCGUCAAUGCCACGUGUUCUAAGAUUCGUUUCGUCAAGUUGAGCAAAUUCAUCCCGUGGAUUGAACGCCUUGUGUGGGGCUAAUGGACCGACACACGAAACGAGACAAUGUUUUCACCCAUCGUCGCGAUUUGUGGAGCAAUAACCGUGUAUUGGAAAUAUGUUACAGUACCGUCUCAAGUCAGGGCGCAAACGAAAUGGCUGUGCAAAACAAACUUUGUCUUCAUUUUGAAACUAUUACCUACA